GUGAAUAUGCAAAAAUUGGACUCCCUGAAACAAAGCUUGCGAUUAUUCCUGGCGCUGGCGGCACACAACGAUUAACGCGAAUUGUUGGGGUCGCGAAGGCAAAAGAAUUAAUUUUCACGGGUCGAGUGUUAGAUCCCCAGAGCGCUCUUGAUCUUGGAAUCGUUAAUUAUACUGCGAAGGAAGGAUCCUCUCAUCCAAUAGCACUUAAGUUAGCAAGAGAAAUCCUUACUUGUGGGCCAGUUGCUCUUCGCAUGGCUAAAUGGGCUAUUGAUCGUGGCAGUCAGCUUGAUUUGGAUUCAGCACUAGAAUUCGAAAAUGCUUGUUAUGCCCAAGUCAUUCCCACCGAAGAUAGAACUGAAGGUUUACAAGCAUUCAGGGACAAAAGAUUACCG